GACGAGGCGAGUGACUCGACUCGGUCCAGCAAGUCCUUCUGUGUCCUGACCUGUCCAAGUAAGUUGUGCCAUGGUCUCAUGGCCAAGAAAGACUGCUCUGUUUCUACUAUUGUCGACCAUGGACACGCACAUUCUUUGACAUAAUAACGGGUAUUUGUCACUAACAGCCGCAAAGCGAAAAGUUCAUUAUGUGGUUUGGUAUCAACAAACCCUGUGUGCGACUUUAUUCCUUUUCUGUAAGCAGUGUGGAGUUGACAACUGGCACCGGCAAUGGCAGCCCCCUCCUGGGAGCUUUGGAUUCAUUGACAGGAGGACUGGCAAGUCCAGUGGCACCCACAACUGCCAUACUGAACUUGGAUCUUGUGCUUCAAGUCAACAAUACAAAUCCCUACAGGCUGGACUAUAAGCAACUGGAACCAGGAAGUGUCGAGAUUCCAGCAUCCAUGCUCAAUGGACCUACGGACAGUCUGGGUUAUUUUCCUGUUGGAAGCUGGGAUCUUGUGAAUGGAACCCUUCCUGGAAGCUCUGCUAGUCUUCUCCCUGUCUCAGUGUCUGCUGAAAUUGGCCUGGAUGACCCAGCAACUACGGGAUUGGCACCCAUGUUUGUGAGUGGUGGCGAAAUGUCAUUUUUGAUUGAGGGAAUUAUCCGAGGGACUGGCUGGGUACCUUGGCUUCGAGGAGACGUCACUUUCCGCUGUUUGGCCCAUGUGGAUGACAUUCUUCAGUUUGGAGCUCAUAGUAGCGAGCCUCAAUGCCAAUCAACUCUUGGUGUGGAAGGCGUCACCUCUCAGGAUUGCUGGGUACCAGUAUAGCUAGCUAGCGAGAGAGACACAAAAGUUUUGUUUGUGCAGAAAGGAAAUAAAAACGGGGCUAACCCGAAACAGAGACAAAAUGUAUGUAGCAAAUCGAAAGGGUAGGAUAUCCAAAGUGCAUGAUGACAUUGCCACAUACAGCACAAAGGUUGCGCGUGGCUUUGUGAAAUGUAGGAUGGGCUCUUCAGUUCGCAUAUUAUUGGCUCCUUUGGGAAUGAAUCGAAGCUUGCGGUCCCGGUUGGUACAGUACCCGUAUUGGAGAUACAACCGCGCCGAAGAGGCUUGUAGAAUGAAAGCGUCACCGCCACAACCAUCGGCGACUAACUUUAGUGAUAGCUCGACCAGCUACUAGCACAGUACCUGGUACAGCAUCGUUUUGCAUUAACGAGCAAUCGAUCAGCAUUCGCAGUGAGCCACUCCGUGCAGCGCUAGGCACUGUACGCAGUACCCACUCCGUCCGCAUGAUAAAGACACGCAAACAGCAUGUCUAACAAAAGUAUAUAGAAUUCAACAAACGAAGGAUAGUGUAAACAAAGGCCAAA